AUGGAUAGAUUAGAGGCAUCCUUAUCGAUCACGGGCAUGACAUGUGCAUCUUGCUCCAACAACAUUCUCACCACGCUCAAGAAGUCUGAAUGGAUCACCAAGGCAGCCGUGGAUCUGCUCAACAACAGUGCGAAAGUCGAGUUCAUCGGAGAAAACGACAAUGCGCAACAAAUUGUAGACGCAAUCGAGGAGCUCGGAUACGAAGCACAUCUCGACCAGGUUAGAUCGCAAGCACCUGAUACUGUGGAGGAAAGGGGGCACAGGACUGUCGACAUUCGAAUCGAUGGAUUUCAUUGCGAGCUCUGCCCCAACCGAGUCACUACUCGUCUUCUCGACUUACAGCAAGUUGGGGUGAUCGGGAUCAUCAGCCAACCUACCAAGGAUAGACCAAUAAUGACUGUCAAAUAUGUUCCCGAGCCCUCGAAACUCAACAUACGUCAGAUACUGGCAGCGAUUAAUGUCAUCGAUCCCGCAUUCCAGGCAUCGAUAUAUCAUCCAACAUCAACGGAGGAACGAUCUCGACAGAUUCAUGCGAGGCAUCAACAACGCAUCCUCCUCAGGCUUCUUGGGACUCUAGCCGUUGCUAUACCCACAUUCAUUAUCGGCAUCGUCUACAUGAGCUUGGUAUCUGAUAUGAAUAGCACACGACACUACCUCAUGAGUCCCCUGGCCGACGGUAUCAGUCGAGCUCAAAUCGCCCUGUUGGUCAUGGCAACCCCCGUUUACUUCUGCGCUGCAGAUCUAUUUCAUAGGCGGGCACUAAAGGAGCUAUGGAUGCUCUGGAAGCCGUCGAGUAGGACACCGAUACUACAAAGGUUUUACCGCUUCGGCAGCAUGAACAUGCUCAUGUCGCUGGGAACAAGCAUCGCAUACAUCUCCUCGCUGGCGCAAAUCAUUGCGGCUGCAGUGCACCCGCGAAAGCGAAUGGUAGACGACUCGAACUUCUACUUCGACUCUGUUGUGUUUUUGACCCUCUUCUUGCUUGCAGGCAGGCUGAUCGAAGCUUACAGCAAGUCCAGGACGGGGGACGCGGUGGAGAUGCUCUGCAAGCUCCGACCCACGACUGCCGUUCUGGUCGAGGGGAUAGAGGGCGGCGACUCAGCCCCGAGAAGUCAGACUAUUGCUGCUGAGCUUCUAGAUCUCGGCGACCUCAUACAAGUUUCACAUGGCGCAUCGCCGCCUUGCGACGGUGAAGUUGUUCAGGGCGUGGCUCAGUUUGACGAGUCGAGUCUGACUGGCGAGUCGAGACUGAUCAAGAAGUCGGCCGGCGACGGAGUAUUCGCUGGAACUGUCAACAAAGGCCAGCCCGUCCGCGUUCGGGUCACGGGGGUCGCUGGGCAAUCAAUGCUGGACAAGAUCGUCGAGGUGGUCCGCGAAGGCCAGGCCAAGAGAGCGCCGAUGGAGAGGAUUGCUGAUGUUCUGACCGCAUACUUCGUCCCUGCCAUCACGCUUAUAGCUAUCCUGACAUGGCUGAUAUGGUUCAUCCUCGGCGUGAGCGGUAGGCUGCCGGAGAAGUGGCUCAACGACUCCUCGGAAUCAUGGAUCGUCUUCUCGCUCCAGUUCGCCAUCGCCGUCUUUGUGGUCGCCUGCCCAUGCGGUCUCGGACUGGCCGCUCCUACAGCCAUCUACGUCGGCGGUGGGCUUGCAGCCAAGUACGGUAUACUGGCCAAGGGCGGCGGCGAGGCCUUCGAAAAAGCCAGUCACCUCAAGUGCGUCGUGUUCGACAAGACAGGUACCAUCACACAAGGAGGCGAACCACAAGUCACGGACCACGAGAUCUACCGUGACGUCCAACAGCCCGAGUCCUUUCUUCUUGCAGCUGUGGGAUCACUUGAACAGCACAGCAGCCACCCGAUAGCCAAGGCCAUGCAGUCAUUCUGCUCAGAUGCCCUGGCCACAAGCCAAGCUAUCAGCCUCCGAGACGUCGAAGAGAUACCCGGCAAGGGGCUCAAAGGCACCUGCGACGGCUUCGACAUGAUCAUCGGCAACGCGAAACUGAUGACCGAGUUCGACGUCGACAUGUCGUCCUCCUCAAGCACCUCCUUGGACAUGUGGAAGAGCCGCGGCCACUCGGUUGCCCUCGCCGCAAUCCGGACCGCCGGACAGGCAACCUACCAGCUCGCGGCCUCCUUCGGCAUCUCAGACCCGAUCCGCGCCGAGGCGGCGCCCGUCAUCGCCGCGCUGCAGGGCCAGGGCGUCGAGGUCUGGAUGCUGUCGGGGGACAACCUGACGACAGCGCGCGCCGUGGCACAGCGGGUCGGGAUCCCCUCGUCCCACGUCAUGGCGGAGGUGCUGCCGACGGACAAGGCGGACAAGGUGCGAGAGAUCCGCGCGGCGGGGCCAGCGGGGCGCGGCGGCAUCGCCAUGGUGGGCGACGGGAUCAACGACGCGCCGGCGCUCGCGGUGGCCGACGUGGGCAUCGCCAUCGGGUCGGGGACGGACGUGGCCAUCUCGUCGGCGGACUUCGUGCUGGUCAACUCGGACCUGCGCAGCGUGGUGACGCUGCUGGGGCUCAGCGGGGCCGUGUUCCGGCGCAUCAAGUUCAACUUCUGCUGGGCGCUGGUCUACAAUCUGCUCGCCGUGCCGUUCGCGGCCGGCUGCUUCUACGCCCUGGGCGUCAGGCUGGACCCGGUGUGGGCGAGUCUGGCCAUGGCGCUGAGCAGCAUCAGUGUGGUGCUUAGCAGUCUGGCGUUGAGGUUGGGCAUUCCGGUUUUGGGGUUCAGGGCGAGGGAGAUACCAGUCGGUGUUGUUUGA